CCACGUGACUACAAGAUACUUUUUUUUCUUGACAUGCGCCAUGUGCUUUGACGAGAAUAUCAGCAAUGGCGGCAGAUUUCAAGACUGCUGAGCCGGUGGAGUAUUACAAGCAGUUUCUGAAAGAAAAUAUCCGACCUGAUGGACGUGGUUUAUUUGAUUUCCGUGAGACUAUUUUGAAUGUUGGAUCUAUAUCCACAGCAAACGGUUCCGCACUUGUAAAACUUGGGAACACAACUGUUGUGUGCGGAGUAACAGCAGAGUUUGCUGAGCCAGCUGCAGAUGUGCCAAACAAAGGUUUCAUAGUUCCAAAUGUUGAUCUUCCUCCUUUGUGUUCACCAAGUUUCCGACCUGGUCCACCAAGUGAACACGCUCAAGUCCUCAGCACAUUUAUAGACAAUUUAAUCACCAAUUCCCAGCUGAUAGAUUUGGAGGAUCUUUGUAUAGUUGAUGGAAAGUUGGUGUGGGUUUUGUACAUAGACUUGAUGUGUCUAGACUACGACGGGAAUGUUGCUGAUGCUGCAGUUAUUGCAAUGCUAGCUGCACUACAGAACACUAGACUGCACACAGUCACAAUUAAUGAGGAGACAGAAACACCAGAACCAUCAGAGAACAAAGACAUCCAUCUCAAAUUAAAGUCUAUGCCUGUCGCAGUAACAUUUGGGAUAUUUGAUGAUGAUCAUAUUUACUGUGACCCAACUGAUGAAGAGGAGAGACUUGCUUCUGGAAAAGUCUCUGUUGUCAUGACAACCAAUAAUAAAGUUGUUGCAGUCCAUAAGCCAGGAGGGCCACCUCUAACACAAGACAAGUUACAAGAGUGUUUCGAUGUAACGACUGGACGUGUUUUGGAGGUGCAGCAGUUGAUCCAUACAGCAUGCACUAAUGUCCCAGACAGAUAAGAAAUAAAAUUUGUAUUUUUUUAAAUAAAUAAACUACAUACUAUCA